GUUAGUAGCACGACCAGUGUUAUACAGGUAGAGACUGCAUGUCAAAGAGUCACAUCGCAGCUCUUGACUUCCAGUGGUAUUUGCGCAGAAUUGUUUCAAACUGCCGAAGCGCUUGAUCCAAUGCCGCGGCCGCUGCGAACGAGUUGUGACCGUUGUCACUCUCAGAAAUUGAAAUGUCCAAAGCAGCCAGGAGUUACCACAUGCACGAGGUGCGCAAAAGCUGGCGCUUCGUGCAUCUUCAGUCCUGUUGGAUUGAACGUCCGACGAACACUGGCAAGCCCAGUGAACGAAGUUGAAAUAGCUUGGCAGGAAAAUGCUCACAACCUCGAAAUGAACCUGGACUGGCCAACAUGGGAGAUUGAUGGCACGCUCACCGGCUUGCUUGAGUCACACGUCACGCCGCCUGCACUGGAUUUACAGAAGAGUAAUCCUAGGUCAACAUGCGUUCAGCAGUUAUCAGCCUUAGCCUUGGACAUCGACAACGUAUUCGGUCUAAUCCCAUCAAAUCCUGGCGUCCACAUGUCGAAGGAUGGUUCAAUAGAAGAUAUGAUGGCCAAUUGGCCAGUCAAAUUCACCCAGCGCCAGGCACUCGAACAGCUGUUCGCUUCAGCACAACGCCUCAUAACCAUUUAUCCAAGCACUGUCGACGUUAUUUUCAAGCAGCUGGAUGACGAAGAUUGUGACAACCCCAACUGCAUCCACCGCCUGGAACUCCCUGAGAACCUGGAAGGAGAGCUGGGAGCCUUCGCCUCCAAGGCCUACGAAGCCAAACCUUUGGACCCGUUCAUUUUCAACCUCCUGCUUACAUGUCACACUCGUGUAACCGAUGUCCUUGAGGUUCUACUGGUUCAUGUGUCAAUGUGUGCAAAGGUCACACUGGCAAUGCCGAAAACCCAAGAGCCUCAACUACAUAUUCCAGAGCUUAAAGUCGGAGACUUUGUUGCAUCCCCAGAAUUUUCAUCUUCGAUGCAAGCCGUGAUGCUGGCCCAUAUUGCAUCAGUGCUUGCGGACCGCGCCAAACAGCUUCAGGUCAAAAUUGCCAACACCUUUAGAGACAGCAAUUCUACGAAACAAGCCAGCAUGUACAAACUUCAGUGCGAGGUGUUAGUUGAAGAGAGCGAAUCCAAGGUUGUUGCAUUGCAAAAGAUGCGUGAUGUUCUAGUUAAAGUAGGCUACAUGAGGUGAACAUCGCCUCUAAUCCCACCAAGCCCUUCUUUGAAAAGAACUU